UAAAACUCAAGAAGAUAGCAUAGGACCCACUGUCCCAUCGUUUUCACCUAAGAGAGAACUAAACAAGAUCUGGACAAAUUGUUAUGCAUGGAAUGUUUGCAUUAUAGAAAGAUUAGGAAUCUUUGGUUUCCUUAUAGGUUUAAUACAUAGAGAAAUUGGAAUGACUGAUUUACACCAACAGGAAAUAUUUUGCUGUUGUAUUAUCAAUGUAUAAUAUCUGGUAUAUAUUAUAUAUUUAAUGUUUUAUGUAUUCCCUCCAACAACAGUAAAGGCACAGUGUAUAGCACACCCUCUUACCUGAGAAUGUUUAUAUUUUCACUAAAAAGGUACCCUGGCCUUCACUUAAAUUGUGAUGUGUCCCUGUUGUUUCAACUUUCAUGGCAUUUUGUUGGAAAAAGUAAAUGAACCAUCAGAUGUAGCACCUCUAUUUCUUGUUCUUGACAAUCAGUCCCACCUCAGCAAGUCAGUAAAGUAAGUCCAAAAUUCUCCAGCUCCCUUCAUUCUUCCAUUCAGACUUCAGUUCUCCUUUUCAGUGUUUUUUUUAUUUAUAUUUUUUUUGGUUUGAUGAACACUGUUGUUGGACAAUACAAGACCUCCUGCUCAGCCAUUUCCACAAGAUUUCGGUGAUCUCCAGCAGCAUUGUGUCUUGAUGCCUGCCUCUCCUGGAGUGACUGUAGUCGGACAACUAUAUUCCGCUAAAAUACAGAUUGGCCAAAGGUUUGCAGAACACGUUUCCACGGAACAAGGAAAUUUACACCCCGUGAACAAGCAGAGAACAUUCAGUGUGGUGGCCAGAGAAAUCCUGACUCAGUUUCAGGUGUGGCAGAAGGCCUGCUAUAGCAGGAACAUUGAGUGGGGCCCAAUUACAGCGAAGAUCAUUUCUGCAUUGCCGCAGUUGUAUGGACGUGAGGCAGAGGUGAUCGUACGAUGUACUAAGAUGCUGCACAACCGCAGGGAUUACCUUCGAAGGAGAGCAAAGACGCAUAUUACUGUCCUUAAAGAUGGAGAAAGCCCCUGUAUCUCUAAGUGCACUCAGUGUUGUGACAAGUAUCACUGCCCUUUUUGUGAGACCUGGGUCUACAAGCCAAGAGGGUUAGGGAGCGUUGUUAACCACGUCCAGAAUCAUCUUAAGUUAGCUGUCCAGAAGGAUGAUUUCACUAUUGUCAAGUGUAACUUAAAAUGCAGAGAAUAUGCCCAUUUUCACUGCUGCUACUGUUCUGCCACUGUUCUAAAAAGAGGCCAGUUAAAAUCUCAUCUCACAAAAUGCAAGCAGAAGUUCAAUCCUGAAGAGGAAUAUGAAGAAACUUGCUCAUUUGAGGAAAGUCCUGAACUUGAGUAGUUUAUUCAUUUAUUUCUGAUACUGUUGAUUCACUUGUUCAUAUAUUUAGUUCCCUGUUAGCUACAGGUAACACUCACAAUUGUAGUAUUUGGUGGAUUAUGAAACUGUUGUUGGAAAUAAACAUUUACUAAGAAUGUA